GCGCAGCCGCGCGUCACUGCUCCGCUCCGAGCUCGUCGUCAACAACACCGUCUCCUGCCAAACAACCACUGCUGUCACACGCAAGCGUGGAAUCUGACGUGAUGCUCUUGCCACCGCGCCACGCGUCCGUCGGCUGGGUUCCUCCCUUCACGCGGUCCGCGCAGCGGCUCAGCCAGACCUCGGCAGAAAUGAGCAGCGCGGAUCGUGAGGUGGAUCACUCCGCGGUAAUGUGAAAAUGGCGAAAGUACUCCGCAAUUUGCUGAUGUUUGCGGUCCGACUCGCGCUGAAAAUGCGCGUCCUGGGCUUCUGGGCGCUGGUUUACGGUUACUGCGCAGUGUGCGCCGCCGCGGCUCUGCUCAAACUUUGCUGGAACAUCAUCCUCAGGCCCGCGGCCACCUUCCGAUGGGCGGUUCGACAAAGUCCUCCUGCGUGUCUCAAUGACACGUCCUUCGGAACCCACUGUUACGUUCGGAUAAAGGAAUCUGGCCUGAGGUUUCACUAUGUGGCAGCUGGAGAGAGAGGGAAGCCACUCAUGCUGUUUUUACAUGGCUUUCCUGAGUUCUGGUUUUCCUGGCGUUACCAGCUUCGUGAGUUUAAGAGUGAAUUCCGAGUGGUGGCUACUGACAUGCGUGGCUACGGAGAGUCAGACGUACCACAUUCCACUGAAAGUUACCACAUUGAAUACCUGGUUACUGACAUCAAGGAUAUUGUGGAGCACCUGGGGUACAACAGAUGCUGUCUGGUUGGACACGACUGGGGAGGAACCAUAGCCUGGCUGUUUGCCAUUCAUUACCCAGAGAUGGUGACCAAACUCAUUGUCUUAAACUGCCCCCACCCUUCUGUGUUCACAGAUUAUGCUCUGCGUCAUCCCAGCCAGCUGCUGAAGUCUAGCCAUUUCUUUUUCUUCCAGCUGCCUCGCUUUCCAGAGUUCAUGCUCUCAAUCAAUGAUUUUAAGGCUCUGAAGGCUUUGUUCACCAGCCGCAGCACAGGAAUAGGCAGAAAAGGCCGAUGGUUCACUACAGAGGAUCUGGAGGCCUACCUAUAUGCACUGUCACAACCAGGGGUUCUGACAGGAGCCCUCAACUACUACAGGAAUGUCUUCAGCUCCCUCCCACUCAGACAGAACCACAUCAGGUCUCCGGUGCUGCUGCUGUGGGGGGAGCAGGACGCCUUCAUAGAGCAGGAAAUGGCAGAAGCGUGUCGCCUCUACAUCAGGAAUCAUUUCCGUCUGAACAUCAUCUCGGGUGCGAGCCACUGGCUGCAGCAGGAUCAGCCUGAUAUCGUCAACACCCUCAUAUGGAUCUUCCUCAAGGAGAGCGAGGGACGCAAAGUCUACAGGAACUGAGUCUGCAGCAAGCCUGGGUUUUGAUUUUUAGCUCACGUGUCACAGCUGGAGUAUGACUGUGAUGUGGUCACUCUUUAAAUCUUACACAUUGACAACAUUUUUUAAGAAGGAAAGAAUCAAAACACACUUAAGCAGCGAGGAAGUGGAGCAGUAAAUGUGACACAUAAGAUGUUUUUCCACACAACAUCUGCCUUAAAGUCCACUGGAUGCAGCAUUGACAAUAUGUUGACAGAAUCGCCCUGUGACUCCUUUUGUGCUGUGCCUUGUAAAUGUGGGAUUGGUGCGGUGUAAUCAUGCCCUCUGUGUGGAGGGGUCAGAGGUCAUCUGUUGUACCUGUCUGGUGGGGUCACUCUGCUGUGGGCAGACUCCCCUGCCAGCAGUAUUACCUCCUCUGUUGACUCUGUUCUUUUCCCCUGUAGUCAGUGUAACAGUGGUGAUCUCCCUGUGUAGAAUUGUCAGCGAUUGUUGACUAUUGUGAUAUUUUCUAUCUCGUCCUACACAUUGCAUUUUGAAUUUUGAAGAGCCAAGUCUAGACCAUUAGAUUUUUUUUAACAAAAUAAAGUUAUUGUAAAUGCUUUGAAUGGCGCCGCUUUUUAAAAUUGCCAUUAAAUUCAUGUUUCACACUGAAAACAGAGUAACUGAA